AAUGGAUCCAUUCGAAAUCCAUCGAGACUUGGAACAGGAAGACCUAUUCGAGGACAUAAUCCGCGAUGGUCCAGAAGCCGACCGAGAAGAGCGCGACUCUGGUGAUGGAGAAGACCGCGGCUCCGGUGAUGGAGAAGCCGACGGCUCCGGUGAUGGAGAAGCCGACGGCUCCGGUCAUGGAGAAGCCGACGGCUCCGGUGAUGGAGAAGCCGACGGCUCCGGUGAUGGAGAAGCCGACGGCUCCGGUCAUGGCGAGGCCUCCGAAGAUAAGUUGGAGAAACGAGGCCCGGCAAAGAGGUUGAGCCCAAAAGACCACUUCACAAUUGAAGCUAUAUCACCGAAAGGCCAACCGGUGGCACCAGC